CACAGAAUUUAUAUACAUAUACAGAUCGAGAGAAAACAUUUGCGAUUUUUAUUGGAUUCUCAAUCCUCGGAUUUGUGCCGGAGCCUUCCAUUUUCCGGCGGCAGCUUCGUGACGGCUAAAUAUUUUGGAUAAUGUUGACAGGAGCUGUUUCAGUUUGCUCUUUAACUGAACCGAUAUCACGUUUGGAUCAUGCGAGGUUUCCUGAUUUCACCCCGCUAAUCUUAUACGGUAACUCCGUCAUUCUUCCAUCUAAAUAUGGCACUGAAGUCACAUCUUCUAGAAGUCACAUAUUGCUUUGUCAAGGCCGAGGGAAACUCGCCUCGAGAACUGCUGCAUAUAGCAUGCCACCUGAACAAAAUGAUGCUCAUAGACAGGGCUCACCUCAUUUUACUGAUGAUCAAGUGUUUCUCUUUUCUGAGGAUGACCUAAAGGAGCCAAGAAAAGGAACAUCUCCCUCCCUUGUGCAAUCGGGUGUUGAUUUUCAAACAAAUAUUUCAAAAUUAGGAGACGAGGAGACUCUUCAUGAUAAGCUGAAGGCGGUUCAAUUGCAUAUUCUAGCAAUGGAACAAUGGAAUGCAUCAAGGCUUAAAAUGUGUCACAGAAAUUACGCAGCAAGUGCGACUAACCUAUUGCACUAUUUGGCACUCAAAAGCCUGGAUAUAGAAGAGAUGAAAGAAGAGCUUUCUUCUGUUGGGCUUUUGAAUUUAGAGACUGUAAAUGCACAUGUUCUUUCAAGUCUUGCUGCAUGUAUCCAAAUGCUAAAUGCCUCAAGAUUAGAUUCCCUUGUCGGCUUAAGCGUUCCCAACAAAGAGCUUCCUGUUCAUAAAAACUCGGGCAAUAAAAAAAUGGAACUGGGAAUGACUGCACUGAUGAAAAGAGCCUCUUCUAAUAGGGAACUACUUCUGGGAGCUCUUCAAGCGCAGAAAAUGGGCCAUAUCAUGGCGACAGUUGGCGAAGAGGCAGUGGAAAACGAUACACAUAUACCCGAUCUCAUCAAUUCAGGGACCACCAUUUUCCGUAUCAACUGUGCGCAUGGAGACCCAGAAUUAUGGAGUGAGAUAAUCAGAAUGGUGAAGCAAUCCUCUCAACAUCUUGAGAAACCUUGUCGGAUACUCAUGGACUUAGCUGGACCAAAGCUUCGAACAGGAACACUGAAGGAUGGUCCAUGUGUGGUGAAAAUAUCCCCUCGAAAGAAUGCAUUUGGUAGUAUGAUACGCCCAGCCCAAGUUUGGAUUGGCCCACGAGGGGCUGGCCCCCCGCCAUCUCAUCUAUCCCCCGAUGUUAUUCUGCAAGUGGACGGCCAAGAAUUUCUCAAUAAUAUGGAAGUUGAUGACUCUGUUAUAUUCUCUGAUGCCCGUAGAAAGCGAAGAACUCUUAAGAUUUUAAGCAAGUAUCCCGUUUUUUCUGGUGUUGGAUUCAUGGCAGAGUGCAACAACACUGCGUAUGUUGAGUCUGGCACGACUUUGCAUGUUAAGCAGAAGGGAAGAAAAUCUCCAGUUGGCUUUGUGGUUGAUGUCCCCCCUGUGGAGCAGUUCGUUAGACUUAGAGUUGGCGAUUUACUAGUAAUAUCUCGUGAUAGUUCAGAUGAGAAUGUUACAUUACCUCGUUCACCAAUCGGGUCCCACAAGAUAACUUGCCCGUCUGGUUAUCUAUUCGAUUCCGUCAAACCUGGAGACCCUAUUGCUUUUGAUGAUGGAAAGAUAUGGGGGGUUAUUAAAGGAACUAGCAUUUCGGAAGUUGUGGUGAAAGUUACGCAUGCUGGUCUGAAAGGUACCAAACUGGGCUCGGAGAAAUCCAUAAACAUACCUGAAAGUGAUAUUAGGUACGAAGGUCUCACUUCAAAGGAUCUUAUGGAUCUCGACUUUGUGGCUGCACAUGCUGACAUGGUGGGUAUUUCGUUUGUGCGAGAUGUUCAUGAUAUUGUUGCCUUGCACCAAGAACUAGCAAAGAGAAGAAUUUCGGAAUUGGGGAUUGUGUUGAAAAUCGAGACUAAAGGUGGAUUUGAGAAACUGCCACUGUUAAUACUCGAGGCGAUGAAAUCUUCGAAUCCUUUAGGAGUGAUGAUUGCUAGAGGAGAUCUUGCAGUGGAGUGCGGGUGGGAGAAGCUGGCCGAUAUACAAGAUGAGAUUAUUUCUAUUUGCAGUGCUGCACACGUGCCAGUUAUAUUGGCGACACAAGUUCUUGAGACACUUGUGAAGACAGGUGUGCCUACUAGAGCAGAGAUUACAGAUGCAGCAAAUGGAAGGAGGGCAAGCUGUGUGAUGCUGAACAAAGGGAAGCAUGUUGCGAAAGCUGUCUCGAUGCUCGAUACCAUUUUAAAUAGCCAACAGUAUGCAAAGGUAAAGGCAGAACUGAAGCCUCUCAUGUUAUCCUCCCAUGUUAACUAGCUGCUGAUCAAGUUUCACAAGGUGCAUCUUUAGUUAAUUAGGAUCUGUUUGUUUCUGUACAGUCAGAAUUGUAUGCAAUUGAAAACCCUUUUUUUUUUAA